AUGUCCACCCUACCCGACCCAGCAACCUACCCCUACACCCUCGGCCCCUUCACCCGAAAGAUAACAACCUCCUCCGCAGCAGCUCAAACCUGGUUCUCCCGCGGGCUAACCUGGGUUUACACAUUCAACCACGCCGAAGCAGCAACAUGUUUUGAAAAUGCCAUCGCGCACGAUCCCUCCUGCGCAAUCGCGCACUGGGGUCUCGCCUACGCGCUCGGUCCGAACUAUAAUUACGCCUGGGAGUUUUUCGGCGAGAACCUCGCUGAUGCGUUAAGUAGAACGCAUGAGGCGGCAAGGCGCGCGAGGGAGCUCGCGGAAACCGAGGGGGGUGUAACGGCUGUUGAGAAGGCGUUGAUUGAAGCGAUUCAGGCGCGCUUCCCGAGUGGGGAGUUUGUGGUUUCUGAGAACAUGGAGGUGUACAAGGCGCGCAAUCGCGCGUACGCAGAUGCAAUGGAAAAAGUGUACGAAACCUUUGGCGAAACCGACCUCGACGUCGCCGCGCUAUACGCAGACUCGAUCAUGAGCCUGACCCCGUGGAAACUCUGGGAUCUAAAGACCGGCCUCCCGAACCCCGGCACCCGAACCCUCGAUGCAAAGCGCGUGCUCGAAACGGCGCUCACACACAACGACGCCAAGGGCCACCCAGGGAUCCUCCACUACUACAUCCACCUGAUCGAAAUGUCCCCAACGCCCGAACUCGGCCUCAUCCCCGCCGACCACCUCCGCGAACUGGUCCCGGACUCGGGCCACGCAAACCACAUGCCGUCGCACCUGGACGUGCUCGUCGGCGACUACCGGGCCGCAAUCCGCGCGAACCAGCGCGCGACGGCCGCCGACGAGAAAUACCUCCAGCGCGCGGGCGCCAUGAACUUUUACUCGAAUUACCGCAUGCACAAUUACCACACGCUCAUCUACGCGGCCAUGUUUGCGGGGCAGAAGAAUGUUGCGCUGGAGACUGUUGACCGCAUGGAAGCUACGCUCCCCAAGGAGCUGUUGCUUGCCAUGGCGGAUUUCGUCGAGGUCUUUUUUUCUGUGCGUCCGCAUGUUAUGGUGCGCUUUGGGAUGUGGGCCGAGCUCAAGGCGCUGGCUGUCCCUGCGGAUGAGAGGUUGUAUUGCGUGACUACGGCUGCAACGUAUUACGCCAAGGGGAUCGCGUAUGCUGCUACGGGAGAGAUUGUUGAAGCGGAGCGCCAUCGGGAGCUGUAUGCUGAAGCUGUGAAGAACGUUCCGGAAACACGUCUUGACUUUCCGAAUCGAUGCAUCGAUAUCCUUGGUGUCGGCGCCGCAAUGCUUGACGGGGAGAUUGCAUACAGGAAGGGCAAAUACAGCACUGCCUUUGAGUCUCUCCGUCGAGCAGUCGACCUCGACGACGGCCUAGGCUACAGCGAGCCCUGGAGCUGGAUGCAGCCUGCGCGACAUGCGUAUGCGGCGCUGUUGCUUGAGCAGGGACAUGUUGAGGAGGCGGCCGCUGUGUAUAAGAGUGACUUGGGUCUUGAUUCCUCUGUGAUUCGUGCGAGACGGCAUUUAAAUAACGUCUGGGCGUUGCAUGGGUAUCAUGAAUGCUUGAUUCGGCUCGGCAAGGUCGAUGAAGCGGCGGUUAUUGAGCCGCAGUUGACGCUUGCACUGGCUGUUGCGGAUGUUCCGGUUACGUCGUCGUGUUUCUGUCGGACGGACGUUCAAGCAGGGGAGACGGGGUGCUGUUAG